UUCCACAAAGAAGAAGACGUCUGAGCCAGGGAAAACUGAACUUGACAAUAUGGAGGUUAAUGUGGAUGAAGAGGAGGAGCUAUCCGAUAAUGAAAAGAGAGGUCAGUGUAUGGAACACAGACCAGUGUCUCCAGUGUCCAGCUGUCUGUCCAUGAGGAGUGACUGGUCUAAAAACCCACCUCCAAAAUUCACUAAUGAACCCGAACCUUCAGACACAAGACACAGACCAGUGUCUCCAGUGUCCAGCUGUCUGUCCAUGAGGAGUGACUGGUCUAAAAACCCACCUCCAAAAUUCACUAAUGAACCCAGACCUUCAGACACAAGAGGUCAGUGUAUGGAACACAGACCAGUGUCUCCAGUGUCCAGCUGUCUGUCCAUGAGGAGUGACUGGUCUAAAAACCCACCUCCAAAAUUCACUAAUGAACCCGAACCUUCAGACACAAGACACAGACCAGUGUCUCCAGUGUCCAGCUGUCUGUCCAUGAGGAGUGACUGGUCUAAAAACCCACCUCCAAAAUUCACUAAUGAACCCAGACCUUCAGACACAAGAGAGUGGAAGAGGAGUUAUGUUCCUGAAGAAGCUGGACUGUACUGUUCUCUGUGUCAGAAUACCACCAGUGAUCCAGUUGGUACCAAUUGUGAACACUGGUUCUGCAGACAGUGCAUCACUUCAUACUGGGACCAGUUUGGUCCAUCAGGAGUCUCCUCCUGCCCCAAGUGUGAAGAAACAUCAAGAUCAAUGACUGGACUGCGAAUCAACAAAACUGUACAAAAUGAACAUAAGCUGAGUCUGAGGAGCAGAUGUGAAAGUGUGACUGAAGGAACUGAUGAAGAAGGAAGUAGAACUCAUCUAAACCGGAUCUACACUGAGCUCUACAUCACAGAGGGACAGAGUGAGGAAGUUGAUACCCAACAUGAGGUGAGGAUACUGGAGAUAGUUUCUAAGAAGAAUACCAUCCAAGAAGCUCCAAUCAGGUGUCAGGACAUCUUCAAAGCCCUACCCGAGCAGCAGAAGCCCAUCAGAGUGGUUCUGACAAAUGGCGUCGCUGGAGUUGGAAAAACCUUCUCGGUGCUGAAGUUCACUCUGGACUGGGCCGAGGGUUUAGAAAACCAGGACGUCAGUCUGUUGGUUCUGCUUUCGUUCAGGGAGCUGAACCUGGUCAGACAUGAGCAGUACAGUCUGCUGACGCUGCUCCAUGUUUUUCAUCCAACAUUACAGAAGGUCACAGCAGAGCAGAUCACUGUCUGCAAACUUCUGUUCAUCUUCGACGGCCUGGAUGAAAGCAGACUUUCACUGGACUUUCAGAACUGUGAGUUUGUUUCAGACGUAACACAGAAGAAACCAGUCAACGUCCUCUUGGCCAACCUCAUCAUGGGGAACCUGCUUCCAUCAGCUCUCAUCUGGAUGACAUCUAGACCUGCAGCAGCCCAUCAGAUCCCUCCUUCAUGUGUGGACAGGGUAACAGAAGUCCGAGGAUUCACCAAGGAUGCCCAGAAGGAGGAGUACUUCAGGAGGAGAUCCAGUGAUGAAGAUCUGUGCAACAGAAUCAUCUCACACAUCAAGACAUCCAGGAGCCUCCACAUCAUGUGUCAAAUCCCAGUCUUCUGCUGGAUCAGUUCUACAGUUCUGGAGCACAUGUUAACUUCAGACCAGAGAGAAGAGCUGCCCAAGACCCUGACAGACCUGUACUCACACUUCAUCAUGGUCCAGACAAAGAGGAAGAAGAACAAGUACAAAAAAGGUCAAGAGAUGGAACUGAUGGAGGCUGACACGGAAGUUCUUCUAAAGCUGGGGAGGCUGGCGUUUGAACAACUGGUGAAAGGAAACAUCAUGUUCUACCAACAAGACCUGGAUCAGUGUGGUCUGAACGUCACAGAGGCCUUGGUGUACUCAGGAGUAUGUGCUGAGAUCUUCAAAAGAGAGACUGUGAUCUACCAGAAAACACUCUACACCUUUGUCCAUCUGAGCGUUCAGGAGUUUCUGGCUGCAGUCUACAUCUACCACUGUUACGUCAACAACAACACAGAGGUACUGAAGGUGUUUCUGGGAGAUAGGGCCUGUAAUUUGAAACUUGAUAUGUUCCUGAGUAAAGUCAUGGAAAAAUCACUGGGCAGUAAAAAUGGCCACCUGGACCUGUUUGUUCGCUUUCUUCAUGGCCUCUGUUUGGAGUCCAACCACAGACUUUUAGAAUGUCUGUUGGGUCAGAAAAGGAACAGCCCAGAUUCCAUCCAGACAGCCAUCAACAACCUGAAGGUGAUGAAUACGUACUUAUACUCCCCUGACAGAAGCAUCAAUGUCUUCCACUGUCUGACUGAGAUGAACGACCACACCUUCCAUCUGGACGUUCAAGAGUUCCUCAAGUCAGACAACAGAUCACAGAUGAAACUUGCGACAAUUCAAUGUUCAGCUCUGGCCUACAUGCUGCAGAUGUCUGAGGAGGUUGUGGAUGAGUUGGACAUGGACAAGUAUAACACAUCACGUGAAGGACGUCAGAGACUGAUCCCAGCUGUGAGGAACUGUAGAAAGGCUCGGAUGUCUGACUGUGGAAUCUCAGAGACUCACUGUGAAAUUGUGGCCUCAGCUCUGAAGUUCAACCCUUCCUAUCUGAUAGAGCUGGAUCUGGCAUAUAAUGACGACCUGAAGGACUCAGGGGCAAAGGUGAUGGCUGUUGGACUUCAGAGUCCAAACUGUAGACUGGAGACUCUGAGAUUGAGGGGCUGUGGUUUGUCAGACGUGGGCUGUUCUUAUCUCGUGUCAGCUCUUCAGUCCAAUCCUUCCCAUUUAACAGAGCUGGAACUGACUUAUAACAAGCUGGGGGAUUCAGGAGGGAAGCUGCUGUGUGAUUUUCUACAGAAUCCACAAUGUAAACUACAGAUUCUGAGCUUAAGGCAGUGCAGUUUGUCAGAGAUCAGCUGUUCUUCACUGGCGUCAGCUUUGAAGUCCAAUCCUUCCCAUUUGACUGAGCUAGACGUGAGCGACAAUGAGCUAAAGGAUGAAGGACUGAAGCUGUUGUGUGGUUUUCUGCAGAAUCAGCGUUGUAGACUGAAGAAUCUGAGAAUCAACUUGUGCAAGUUAACAGAGAUCAGCUGUUCUUCUCUGGUGUCAGCUCUGGAGUCCAAUCCCUCUCAUCUAACAGAACUAGACAUGAGCAGCAAUACGCUGAAGGAUUCAGGAGUGAGGCUGUUGUGUCAAUUUCUACAGCAUCCAUGUUGUAAACUGGAAACUCUGAGCCUGGGUCACUGUGGUUUAUCAGAGCUCAGCUGUUCCUCUCUGGCCUCAGCUCUUCGCUCCAAUCCCUCCCAUCUCGCAGAGCUGGAUAUAAGCGAUUACGCUCUGGAGGAUUCAGAAGUCCAAGAGCUGUCUGAUCUUGUGCAGAGUCCAGAUUAUCGACUACAGACUCUGAGAUGGAAAUGUCUGUAACAACCCGACGGAGAGUCUGAUAUUUACCCUGACAGUUUACAGAUGUUUGAGCAGCAGGUCGACAAGGGGUAUGCAAUGUCAGUUUCCCUCCGUUAAGUGUGUUUAUUAUUUUCCUGUGAAGUUUAAGUGACGUCUAGAAAUAGAAGUAGAGCAGGUUUAAUUAUUAGCUGCAUAUUUAUACUUGUGAGGUUCAAGCAUGUAAACUGAAUUAACCCAUAAAGACCCGGUGCUACUUUUGUGUCAGUUUCCAAAUAAAUUGUUCUCUCUAUUUAACCUGUCCUUAAGUGAUUUAUCAUCAUUUAUUCU